AUGUCAUAUCUGGUUACACUUGUUACACAAAAUUACAGAACCUGGCAGAAGAAACACGUCCACUUUGUGGUCCAAGAGCUGUCAAAGUCAAAUACAUAUUUGUGUGUCGCCCUGGAAAGGUAUCUGGUCAUCGCCUGGCCGCUGUGGUACCGCUUCAGACGAACCAUCAAGAUCUCUGUAGUGGUCUGUGUCGUGGUCUGGACCCUUCCACUUGUGACUUUCUUCUCUAUGGUUUUCUUGGCUGAUUCAGAUGACAUGCUAAUCCCCUUUGCAGUUUUCCUCCUCCUUCCCUUCCCUCUGUUCAUAUUCUUCCUGCGUGGGACCGUUAAAGCCCUGUCUGCAGCCAUUAGUGUCCCUGCUGAUGAAAAACGACGAAUUGUUGUAGUUUUGAUUCUGGUUCUACUUAAUUACACACUGUUGUUCCUGCCCACCAUCAUUUGGUUCCUUGUAGAAGAGGUCAAAAAUAACGGUACCGUCACACGUGUGUGUUACAUGUUUGUAAAGUUGAGUCCUCUUGCAGACGUGUUCCUGUAUGUUUUCAGUAGGAAAGGAGCUGUAGACAAGCUGUUGGCCUCUCUGUGUCGUUGCAGGAUGGACAGCGAUGAUAGCAACAGACCAACAGCAUGAAUGAUGACAACUUAUACACAUUUGCUCCAUGUAGGCAGAGAAAGAGAGAAAAACAGAAGAAGAAAUGUAGGAAAUAGAGACAAGACAGAUACUGUCGUCUUCUCACAUGAUUUCCUACAACACAUCUAACUGUAGGUUCACUUGCUGCGGUGCACUGUGAAAGCUUCAAGACAUGUACAUAAAAUGUUCUAUAAAAAGUUCAUGUAUAUCAUUAUUA